ACGUGUGCGCGGUUAUCCUGAGUCCGAGCAGCAGCAGCAGCAGCAGCGACAGCAGCGACAGCUUCACUACCGUAGUUCCAGUAGUAAAGGGGCACCAGGGAGACCGAGUCAAUAGAUGGGUCCAGAAACGAGUAGAACCUGAAAACAGCUGAACAUUUGUUACCGCGGCAGUUGACGACAACAACGUCUGAAUCUUUAAGGUUACCAACCUCCAUCUCCACGCUAUUUAAAGUUGGAAAAAAAUGGCAGCCAUUCCAUCAGGAGGUUCCCUCAUCGCCACCCACGAUUAUUAUAGAAGACGUCUGGGCUCCGCCUCCAGCAGCAGCUCGUGUGGCAGUGCUGAAUACUCAGGAGAGGUCAUUCCCCAUCAUCCAGGACUUCCAAGGCAGGACUCUGGUCACUGGUGGACUUCGUUUUUCUUUGCCAAACCGAACCAGCCGGCCGUGCAGAACGGCGCUGACAGCCACAGGAAUGGAACCUACACGGUGACCAACGGUCAGGUGACCUGCAUCGCCAGAGAGAUGGCUCUGAAGAGACAAGCCAGCGAAACCAGUGAGAGUGGAGUAUCUGAACCUUUGAACGCUUCGUCCACUUCCUCCACCUCCUCCUAGACCCGUCCCCCCCCCCCUCGUCUUGCCGUCACAUGGUCCAGCCCAUGGAGAUGGACAUGAUGAUGGAGAUGACGGGGGUUUUUUUUGUAGAAUUUUUAAAUAGUUUGCUUUUUUUUUUUUGCCUGUGUAUAAUGUAUUGUAAUAUCUAUGUUAUAUUAUGACCAAAAAAAAAAUUAAAUGUAUAAAAAGUUUUUUUUCCAUUUAUUCCACUUGUACUUUGACAGUAUUAUCAAUGAAAAAUAAAAUAUUUGAAGACUGUA